AUGGCCGGUGGAAGAUACGAUCAUUAUGACUAUCUCUACAAGAUUGUCUUGAUUGGCGAUUCUGGCGUUGGAAAAUCUUCCCUUCUAUCUCGUUUCACGCGAAACGAAUUCGACCUUGAGUCGAAAUCAACCAUUGGUGUUGAAUUUGCCACACGAAGCAUUCAAGUAGAUGGCAAAGUGAUCAAAGCACAGGUAUGUCGUACUUGGCUAUAUUUUCAGAUGAAAAAAAUCCCUUCUUGCGUUUGACUGAAGAGGUGUGUUAAAUGCUUUGCAUGUUUUGUGUUGAAAUGUAGGUGAGUAUCAAGCUGUUUAAAAAUAUUACAUUCGAUUAUUUUGUCUAAAUUUUUCUUCGCACUAGUAGGGCUUAAAAGUGGAAAUAAGCUUAAUUUGAUAAUUCAGGAAUAAAUAAAAUUCCACCAUGCGAGGUUGCUAGAUUAACAAGGAGUUAAGUCGUUAAAGUUUAAACUGAAAUAUUAACAUAUUGUUAAUCCUUUGUUCAUUAACAAUACAUUUUGGCAUGAUCCCUUUUAGUUUAAAGUACAAUCGCUGCAUAAAUGAUUGAUCAUGUCGAGUGUCCAUAUCGAUCAGAGGCUUGUAUUCUUCGAGUCAACGAUGUCUUGAUUUAGAACAACGGGGAAUUUUGAAAAUGCAAAAGUUAGUCAUAGAAACGCUUACAAAACGGAAAAGAUUUGAUGUCUUUCUGUAAUCUUCAGAUGCCAUUUGCUUUGUGGGGCUUGUCUUAAGAGCGUGAUUUGACCAAAGUUCGCCAUGAAUUUUGUCAGGAAUAUUUAUAUGUUUUUUUCCUGGCUGAAAUCAUCUGUUUUCUCGCCAAGAGACAUUAUCUCUGAUAUAGUACAGAGAGGUAUGGUGAAAUGAUGCAAUCUUGUUAUGCUAAAUGUUAAUUAUGAUAUCCUUGCAAGAUAACCUUAUGCAACAUGGUGCUAAAUGAACCUUACAAAAGGGUUCAAUUUAGCAUCCUCCUUCUAAAAAGCACCCCCUCUCUAGUAAGCGCCCCCUUUCGAAAUUGUUGUUUGUUUAGAGGAUGUAAGCACCCUCAUUCCAAUAAGCUUCCCUAUUCUGGUUCAAAGAUAGCACAGCUAGAGUAGUCUCCCUACCAUUAUUAUGUGAAUGUUCGCUGUACAUUUUUUACUUCUACAGUUUUUGAUAUCAUUCCUUUUCAAGUAAGCAUUAAAGCUUUUUUACCACAUUCUGCUGUUUCUCAUGAAAGAAAUAAGCACUCUGUUUUGAACAAGCACUCCCCACCCCCCAAAGGUACCAUAAGAAAAUAAGCACCCUGGGUGCUAAAGCAAAAUCAUUACAGUACAACAUCCUUUCAGUAGGAUAAACAAGAGGAAACAAUCAUUAACCCUUUCAUUCGCAAGGUUAAAAAAGUUAUUUACAAUACUAUCUACCAUACGUUUCUUAUUUAUUUGAAUUCGUAUUUUUUAUUUCCUCGAUUUCAACAACCUUUUGAACAAUUACCAAGAAGAGAAAGAAAAUGAAGAAGGGAAUAACAUGGCAAGCUAUUAACCCUUUAACUCCUAAGAUCUCAUUAGUAAUUCUCCUUACUGUCUGUGAUAUAGAUCUUGUGAUAUUAGUUGGGAGAAUUUGGUAUUGAAUCAAUUAACAAUGCCCUAAUGAAUAUCUUCCUUUAUUCUCAUCACUUGUCUGCUUAAUAUUGUACAGUCGAACCUCGAUUAUCCGGAUCCCAAUUAUUCGAACUAUUCGAUUAUCCAGACUUUCUUCUCUGGUCCCAAUUUUUCAUGAAUAUUAACUAGUUGUGUGUAUUAUCCUGUGCGCUUUUCAAAAUUCGAAAGUGUGACGAGACAAAGAAAUAUUCUGAUGUGUUCAGCUGAAAUAUGGUUGGCUCAAUUGUUUUGUUGCCAAGGGAAUUCAUGUUCAUGCUUGUUUAGUUCCUUCUGCAUGGGUUAUGUAAAUACACGAGCGAUCGAUCAUAAACUCAAAUCAAAAACAUGCCUACAAAGCGAAAGCUAGCCAUUCUAUUGAUUAAAGAUAAGCAGAUAAUUAUUUCACACUUCUAUCUCUUUAAUAUUCAUAUUUUCGAUUAUCCGGACUCUCGAUAAUCCGGACUAUUUACCGAGGUUCCGAUGAGUCCAGAUAAUCGAGGUUCGACUGUAUUGAUAUUGUAAGGAGAAACUCUGUCUUGGUCACUCAUGGGAGUUAAGGGGUUAAGAUGUCCUUUAAGUUAAAAAUUACAUACAGGAGGACAAAAAUGAUACAAAAUGACAUAAGUUUAAGUGAAGAGAAGAGGAAUUGCACCUUAAACAACAUAGAUGAAAAAAAUCACCUUCUUUUGCACUGUCUUCUGUUUCUGGGAACCAUGAUCGUGCCAUUAGAAGUAAAUCUUUGCAGGACCUGAAGCUUAGUCCCUUCAGAACGAGUAUUUGAAGAUUCAGUCCAACAGUUAUUGGUCACUUCCUAUGGAAUAAUAUUUUUCGUACUUCUACAGGAGAAGUCUACUAGAAAACUAUUUCUAAGUGUUCUAUUUAGGGAAUUGCAUGUGGUAAAAAAUUUACUCCAUUCGGGUAAACUUUAUCCAGCAGGAAAUGUAAGGAAACAAAGUGCUCUGAUUGGUCAAUUCAGGUAAAAUUUACCCUCAUCUGGUAAACAUUUUUUAGUACAUAUUGUUUUUGGUAAGGGCACAAUGUUUCUGACACAUGUAAGCCCUUUAUCUUGAUCUAACACCAAAUUCUCAUAACUAAUUUACAAGAAAAUGUAAGAAGCUAGAGGGAAGAAUUGACAAUCCCAUCUUGGGAGUUAAAGGGUGAAGAACACUUUUUAUUUAUUAUUUUUUUCCUCAGUAUUUAUUACUGUGACAGUCUUCCUUUGACCUUGUAUAUUUAUAAUUAUUAUUUUAUCACUGAGAUUUAUUUGGUGGUAAAUCGUAUAAAAUUUCAUAGUCAUUAUAUAUUCCUUCCUCUGUGUUAAAAAUACAUUUAAAUUGCUCAGAGGAACUCUAUUUUUGGUCUCCCUUGGAAGUGAAAGGGUUAAAUUUUGAGUUGUAUAUCGUAUAAAAUUUCAUAGUCAAUAUAUAUUCCUUCCUCUGUGUUAAAAAUACAUUUAAAUUGUUCAGAGGAAUUCUAUUUUUGGUCUCCCUUGGAAGUGAAAGGGUUAAAUUUUGAGUUGUGACUGAUAUACAAGCAAGCAUUUCCUUUGUUCUUGGAAACACCUCGAAAAAACGUGACUGUGAAAAAGUGAGGGGGAAGUGCACUGGAGGGAUUUAUUGGAGAAUACAAAACCAAGAAAUUAGGUAUUAGGAAUUUUAGAAUGUUCAAUCCUAACAGUAUGCAGGACGCUUGUCAUGCAUGAACUUCAUAAUGGGCCUUGCUCACUAUAGAGUCUCUGUGGCUCAGUGGUAGAGCAUUGGAACAUGGAAUCCAAAGGUCUGGGGUUCAAUUCCUUAUGGGGAUUUAGAAUUUGUUCUUUGUUCCAUACUUGUGACAAGAUAAAAAUGUCUUUCUCUGUUUGACUUCUUUUUGUUUAAUAUUCUAUUUUGCCAUGUAAGGUUUGGGAUACAGCUGGCCAGGAACGUUACCGUGCGAUUACAAGUGCCUAUUACCGCGGAGCUGUUGGUGCUGUAUUGGUCUAUGAUUUAUCAAAACAGAAAACUUUUGAGAAUGUGGCACGCUGGCUUUUGGAAGUACGUGAACAUGCAGAGUCCUCCAUUGUCACCAUGCUUGUUGGAAACAAAUGUGAUUUGAAACACCUGCGAGCAGUUCUUGCGGAAGAUGCCAAGAAAUAUGCCAAUGAGGCAGGAUUGUCAUUCAUUGAGGCAUCAGCUUUGGAUGCUACAAAUGUCGAAGAAGCCUUUACACAAACAAUUACAAAAGUUCAUGAAGUGCAAUUGGCAAAAAUAAGAAAAGAACUUGACAUGCCAGGACAGAACUCUGGAACUUCAGAAGGAAAAGGAAAGGUGGUCGAAGUAAAUGAAGCCUCACAAGCAGGAGAAAGAAACUGUUGUGUUCUUUUCUGAGAAUGUGGACACUUGUCACAAAAUUCUGGGGAAUUACUGAAAUGUCUGGUUUCUUUUUUUGUAUCAAAGUUGGCAAUCGAUUUCAAUAUAAAGCAACAAUUUAGAUGAUCAUAAUUAUUAUAAAGAUUAUAAAUAGAAAUUAUUUUAAUUGCAAAUAAUUCAACUUGUAUUAUAUUUUCUAGGAGGAGAUCCUAAUAUUUGGAUAUUUCUCACAUUGAAAUCUUUAUUUGGAAAUUCUAAUCACAGAUUAUUGACAAUUGGCUAAAAAUAUAAACCCUUAGAGUGAUCAGCAUCUAAUUUCUCCUCACAAUAUCACCCCUGCAUUGCACAUUGAGGUCAUGAGAAUAAAGGAAAUGGUCACCAACGAAAGAAGCUUUUGAUCAGUAAACAAAUUCUCCUUUUCAGCACCUUAGGAAAUGUAUAAAGAACAGUAUGGAGAAUAUGUAUACUGAUGUUAGGAUGUAAAGAGUUAAGGGAAGAUGCCCUCUGAGUUUUUGGUUGGGUUUUAUGCUUGAUCAUCUUGAUCCAAACCAUUUCAGAUCAAAACAGCUAGAAUAAUAUAUCUUGUUUGGUUUAGAGCUGAAAAAACUAACUAUAUAUCUGCAAUUCACAAAGUAGCCAGCACAAAUGGUCUGAAAGCUAGAAUGUUUCUUUUGCCUACCACCAACAAACAAAAACGGAAAUACAGUGAGUUAGAGUUUAGCAAUGUGUACAUUUUGUGGGUCGUGGAUAAAAUUUGUCUUGGAUCUAUUAUGGUCUUGUCUUGCUUAAAGUUUUACAUUAUUAUUGGUUAAAGACUGGGUAUUAUCUUCUUUAACCCUUUUACUCCCAAGAUCUAAUUAGUAAUUCUCCUUCAGGGCAUGAAAUUGCACCCAAUACAGGCACCAAUGCGACUAAAUUUUUCACUUUGGCGACCAAAUCCUGAAAAUUAGUCGCCAAAUUGGUGACUAGAAUGUUUCAUCAUAACCUUACUAAGAGAUCUUGUGAAUUAAAAAGAUUUGCAAAGACAAAUCUGCAGCAAACUUCCUCGUUAAAUUUGUUUCCAAAAUGCAGCACAUGCAUCUCUAUCGAUAACUAGACGCCAUCUUUGAUUUAGGUGAGCUUAAACGUUGCAUAUCAUCCAUCCUAGUGUCCAUUUUGUAGCACGUUAAAGAUUUUUUCCCCUACUUAAUUUCUAGAACGAUGACAGCGUAAAAAAGAGGUUUUGUUUGUCUUUGAAAAUGGCGACCAACUUUUCUUGAAUUGGCUACCACUUUGAAGAAUUUAGGAGCCAAGUGGCUGUCAGAAAAACAAAUUAAAUUCACGCCCUGUCCUUACUAUCUGCCAUACAAUUCUUAUGAUGUUAGUUCAGGGAAUUUGCUAUUGGAUCAACUAAUAAUCCCAUAAUUGAUAUUCUUCUCUAUUCUCAUCACCUACCUGCUUGAUAUUGUAUUGAUAUUGUAAGGAGAAAUUCUGUCUUGGUCACUUGUGGGAGUGAAAGGGUUAAAUUACCCUUUACAACAUUGGUGACCAGGAUUCAGAAGCACUAAUUUUCAAACUGGGUGAUGUAUGAUUUCUCAAUAUUUCCAUGAAGGAGACGGAUGAAAUCAUGGACAAAAUUUCUUCUCUAAUAGUAACUUGAGUGAUUGUAUUGUCAUACUGUCCUCAGGCCCAGUGGAUAGAAUCCCUCCAAAUUUGUCCUAAGGAUUAUUUGACCAGACAAUCGUACCCCAUUGGUGAAGAAUUGUUUAGUAUGAAAAAAGAAGGAAUAAGGAAGAAACUAUUCUGGUAUGUUAGACUAAAUUUUGUUGUAAUUACUUGGCUGAAGACAAAACUUACAACCAAAUCUACUUGUAGUUCACUUUUUGUGGAAUGUUGAAUGUCUUGUAAGCCCCAGUUGCUAUAAUCACUCCUGAAUUCUAGGCUCAGUCAUUUCAAAGGGGGAUACCCACCAGAUAAAUCUCCAUCCAGUGGAUAAGUGCUAACAGAAUAUACUGCGCAAUCCAAUGGAAAGAGAUUUAUCUAGUGGAUAGCAUUAUCCACCCUUAUAGCAAUGGGAGGCAAAUCAUUAUUUUGUAUGGGGUAGAUUUCUAGAGGAUGUUAGUAAUCCUCUUUGUUUUUGUUCUCCAUCCAUUUUAAUUAUGAUAGUAGUUAUCUAGUAAACAAUUUUGAAAAUAAAAUAUUACUGUAAAAUCUGGACUUCUGUGAACAUUUGACUAAUCUAAAACUGAUCAUCACUUGGAGUGUAUAAAAUUAUUAUAUUAUUAUUAAUUGUUAUAAUCAUAAUUUAUUUGCUGCUUCUUUUCAACCCAAGCACAUUCCUGAAAUUAGUUUCCUGUGUUCAUGGUUUUCUUAGUUUGAUUGGAAGAAUUAAAG